GAAAGAUCAAGACCUAAAAAAGCUUAAAAGCACUUGCGAAUUAAUUUUGUAAAAGAAAAAAAAAGAAUCCUAUUUUCUCCUGCGAUCUUCGCUUCUCUCUCUCUCUCUCUUUUACGCACGAUGUGUUGAAGAUACCUCUCUCUUCCUCUGUACAUACUCUCUCUACCCAGUGUUGUUGCAACAAAAAGGGGUCAGAUUUAGGGUUUUUGGGAGAUUUUUGAGGCUGGACAGCGAUGUCUUCCUCGUCGCAAUCUUUUGCGGCUGGACGGCCUGCAUCCAUGGUUUCUCCGUCGCAAUCGCACCGCUUUUGUGGUCCAGCAGCCACCGCUUCUGGCGGCGGAAGCUUCGACACUUUGAACCGUGUCAUCGCUGACCUUUGCAGCCGUGGUAAUCCUAAGGAGGGAGCUCCUUUAGCGUUUAGGAAACAUGUAGAGGAAGCAGUUCGUGAUCUUAGCGGUGAAGCUUCCUCUAGGUUCAUGGAGCAAUUAUACGACAGAAUUGCUAAUUUAAUUGAGAGCACGGACGUGGCUGAAAACAUGGGUGGACUCAGAGCCAUUGAUGAGUUGACAGAGAUUGGAUUCGGCGAGAAUGCUACAAAGGUUUCUAGGUUUGCGGGUUACAUGAGGACUGUGUUCGAGUUGAAGCGUGACCCUGAAAUCUUGGUGCUUGCAAGUAGAGUUUUGGGGCACCUUGCUCGGGCAGGUGGAGCAAUGACUUCUGACGAAGUGGAGUUUCAGAUGAAAACUGCUUUUGACUGGCUUCACGGAGACAGGGUGGAAUAUCGUCGUUUUGCCGCCGUUUUAAUCUUAAAGGAGAUGGCAGAAAAUGCUUCCACGGUCUUUAAUGUUCAUGUCCCUCAAUUCGUGGAUGCGAUCUGGGUUGCACUAAGGGAUCCCCAGUUGCAAGUACGAGAGCGAGCUGUUGAGGCUUUGCGUGCUUGCCUUCGUGUUAUUGAGAAAAGGGAGACUCGUUGGCGAGUACAGUGGUACUAUCGAAUGUUUGAAGCUACACAGGAUGGGUUGGGCAGAAAUGCUCCGGUCCAUAGUAUUCAUGGUUCCUUACUUGCUGUGGGGGAGCUUUUGAGGAAUACAGGAGAGUUCAUGAUGUCUAGGUAUAGAGAAGUUGCUGAAAUUGUCCUCAGAUACCUUGAACAUCGUGAUCGCCUUGUUCGCCUUAGCAUCACCUCGUUGCUGCCUCGCAUUGCUCAUUUCCUCCGUGACCGCUUUGUUACAAAUUAUUUAACGAUAUGCAUGAAUCAUAUUCUUACUGUGUUAAGAAUACCGGCUGAACGUGCCAGUGGAUUCAUCGCCCUUGGGGAAAUGGCUGGUGCGUUGGAUGGUGAGCUUAUCCACUAUUUGCCGACAAUUAUGUCUCAUCUGCGGGAUGCGAUCGCCCCACGUAAAGGUAGACCUUUGCUUGAAGCUGUGGCUUGUGUUGGUAACAUCGCAAAGGCAAUGGGAUCCACAGUGGAAACUCAUGUUCGAGAUCUUCUAGAUGUUAUGUUUUCCUCUAGUCUGUCUUCUACACUUGUUGACGCUCUUGAUCAGAUAACCAUUAGCAUUCCUUCGUUGCUGCCAACGGUACAAGAUCGGCUUCUAGAUUGCAUUUCAUUGGUUCUUUCAAGAUCUCAUUAUUCUCAAACAAAGCCUCCUAUUACCGUGGUCCGAGGUAGUACAGUGAGCAUGGCACCACAGUCUACUGACCCUAGUUGUUCAGCUCAAGUUCAACUAGCCCUGCAGACUCUGGCUCGUUUCAAUUUCAAGGGGCAUGAUCUUCUUGAAUUUGCUCGGGAGUCGGUUGUUGUUUAUUUGGAUGAUGAGGAUGCAGCCACAAGAAAAGAUGCUGCGUUGUGCUGUUGUAGACUAAUUGCAAAUUCCUUAUCUGGGAUCGCACAAUUUGGUUCUAGCAGGUCAACUCGAGCUGGGGGAAGAAGAAGGCGACUUGUGGAAGAGAUUGUGGAAAAGCUUCUCAGAACAGCUGUUGCCGAUGCUGAUGUAACUGUUCGCAAGUCUAUCUUCGUUGCUUUAUAUAGCAACCAAUGUUUCGAUGAUUAUCUAGCACAGGCUGAUAGUUUGACUGCCAUUUUCGCUUCCUUAAAUGAUGAGGACCUUGAUGUCCGAGAAUAUGCAAUCUCAGUUGCUGGGAGGUUAUCCGAAAAAAAUCCAGCAUACGUUCUUCCAGCACUUCGUCGCCAUCUUAUACAGCUGUUAACCUAUCUUGAGCUGAGCAGUGCAGAUAACAAGUGCAGAGAAGAGAGUGCGAAGCUCCUUGGUUGUUUAGUUCGAAAUUGUGAACGGCUCAUUCUUCCAUAUGUAGCUCCUGUGCAAAAGGCACUUGUUGCAAGACUUAGUGAAGGAACUGGAGUGAAUGCUAACAAUAAUAUUGUUACUGGAGUUCUCGUGACUGUUGGGGAUCUUGCAAGAGUGGGUGGCUUGGCAAUGAGACAAUAUAUUCCUGAGCUAAUGCCUUUGAUUGUUGAAGCUUUAAUGGAUGGAGCUGCUGUAGCAAAACGUGAGGUGGCUGUUUCUACCCUUGGUCAAGUUGUUCAAAGUACAGGGUAUGUUGUGACUCCAUACAAGGAAUACCCGUUGUUGCUUGGCUUACUCUUAAAAUUGCUGAAGGGUGACUUAGUGUGGUCUACUAGACGAGAAGUGCUCAAGGUGCUUGGAAUUAUGGGUGCUUUGGAUCCUCAUGUACAUAAACGUAACCAACAAAGUUUAUCAGGAACACAUGGUGAAGUUCCUCGUGGUACUGGUGAUUCAGGUCAACCUAUUCCAUCAAUCGAUGAGUUACCUGUGGAACUCCGGCCAUCAUUUGCUACAUCUGAGGAUUAUUACUCAACGGUUGCUAUCAACUCGCUUAUGCGAAUCCUUAGAGAUCCAUCACUUCUUAGUUACCACAAAAGGGUUGUUAGAUCUCUGAUGAUCAUAUUCAAGUCAAUGGGAUUGGGAUGCGUGCCUUACUUGCCAAAGGUGUUACCUGAGCUUUUUCACACUGUUCGCACUUCUGAUGAGAACUUGAAGGACUUUAUUACAUGGGGUCUUGGGACUCUUGUUUCCAUAGUGCGUCAGCACAUACGGAAGUAUCUGCCAGAGUUGCUCUCACUAGUCUCUGAGCUAUGGUCAUCAUUCACCUUGCCAGGUCCCGUACGACCCUCUCGUGGUCUUCCAGUUCUGCAUCUACUAGAACAUCUUUGCUUGGCACUUAAUGAUGAAUUCAGAACUUAUCUUCCAGUCAUCCUUCCAUGUUUCAUCCAAGUAUUAGGUGACGCGGAGCGGUGUAAUGAUUACAUCUACGUUCCUGAUAUUCUCCACACACUCGAAGUGUUUGGCGGUACACUUGAUGAGCACAUGCAUUUACUUCUUCCUGCCCUUAUCCGAUUGUUUAAAGUAGAUGCCCCCGUGGCUAUAAGACGCGAUGCCAUCAAAACUUUGACAAGAGUAAUCCCGUGUGUUCAGGUUACUGGUCAUAUCUCAGCUCUUGUGCAUCACUUGAAGCUAGUAUUAGAUGGGAAGAAUGAUGAAUUGCGGAAGGAUGCUGUCGAUGCACUAUGCUGUUUGGCUCAUGCUCUUGGAGAGGACUUCACCAUAUUCAUUGAAUCAAUUCACAAGCUUUUGUUGAAGCAUCGCUUGCGGCAUAAAGAAUUUGAGGAAAUUCAUGCUCGAUGGCGGAGACGUGAGCCGUUGAUUGUAGCUACAACAGCAACUCAACAAUUAAGUAGGCGACUGCCAGUUGAGGUUAUCAGGGAUCCUGUAAUUGAGAAUGAGAUUGAUCCUUUUGAAGAUGGAAACGACAGAAAUCAUCAGGUUAAUGAUGGUAGACUACGGACAGCUGGAGAAGCUUCUCAACGUAGUACCAAGGAAGAUUGGGAAGAAUGGAUGAGACAUUUUAGUAUUGAACUACUUAAGGAGUCUCCCUCUCCAGCAUUAAGAACUUGUGCAAAACUUGCUCAGUUGCAGCCAUUUGUUGGGAGAGAAUUGUUUGCCGCUGGUUUUGUCAGUUGCUGGGCACAGCUGAACGAGGCUAGCCAAAAGCAGUUAGUUAGGAGCUUGGAGAUGGCUUUUUCAUCUCCAAAUAUCCCUCCCGAGAUUUUGGCCACACUACUCAAUUUGGCAGAGUUUAUGGAACAUGAUGAGAAGCCUCUUCCCAUUGACAUUCGUCUCCUGGGGGCACUUGCUGAAAAGUGCCGUGUUUUUGCCAAAGCCCUGCAUUAUAAAGAGAUGGAAUUUGAAGGUCCACGGUCAAGGAGGAUGGAUGCCAACCCAGUUGCUGUUGUUGAGGCUCUUAUACACAUAAAUAAUCAGUUACACCAGCAUGAGGCUGCUGUCGGCAUACUGACCUAUGCUCAACAACAUCUUGAUGUGCAAUUAAAAGAAUCAUGGUAUGAGAAGCUGCAGCGAUGGGACGAUGCGCUCAAGGCGUACACUUUGAAAGCAUCUCAAACAUCUAAUCCCCAUCUUGUAUUAGAAGCCACAUUAGGACAAAUGAGAUGUCUCGCUGCACUUGCAAGAUGGGAAGAGCUCAACAAUCUUUGCAAAGAGUACUGGAGUCCAGCAGAGCCAUCUGCGCGUCUGGAAAUGGCUCCAAUGGCUGCAAAUGCUGCGUGGAAUAUGGGAGAGUGGGAUCAAAUGGCGGAAUAUGUGUCUCGGUUAGAUGAUGGUGAUGAAACAAAGCUUAGGGGUCUAGCAAGCCCUGCUUCUAGUGGCGAUGGAAGCAGUGGCACAUUCUUCAGGGCCGUUCUGCUAGUUCGGAGGGCGAAGUAUGAUGAGGCGCGGGAAUAUGUUGAAAGAGCUAGAAAAUGUCUUGCCACAGAACUUGCAGCGCUGGUUUUGGAGAGCUAUGAGCGUGCUUACAGCAAUAUGGUUCGCGUCCAGCAGCUCUCAGAACUAGAGGAGGUUAUUGAAUAUUAUACACUGCCUGUGGGAAAUACUAUUGCUGAAGAACGGAGAGCCCUGAUUCGUAAUAUGUGGACUCAGAGGAUUCAGGGAUCUAAGCGUAAUGUGGAGGUGUGGCAAUCACUUUUGGCUGUUCGGGCACUUGUGCUACCUCCAACAGAAGAUGUUGAAACUUGGCUCAAGUUUGCCUCGCUUUGUCGAAAAAGUGGGAGGAUCAGUCAGGCGAAGUCUACUCUACUCAAGCUCUUGCCGUUUGAUCCAGAAGUAUCACCAGAAAUUAUGCAAUAUCACGGACCUCCACAAGUGAUGCUUGGAUACUUGAAAUACCAGUGGUCACUUGGAGAGGAACGUAAACGCAAAGAGGCAUUUACGAAGCUGCAGAUUCUGACGAGGGAACUCUCAAGUGUGCCACAUUCUCAAUCUGACAUGCUGGCUAGUAUGGUAUCUAGCAAGGGCGCAAAUGUUCCACUUCUUGCACGUGUAAAUCUCAAACUAGGAACAUGGCAGUGGGCACUUUCUCCUGGAUUGAAUGACGGGUCUAUUCAAGAAAUUCUUGAUGCAUUUAGCAAAUCGACCAUCUAUGCUCCUAAAUGGGCCAAGGCAUGGCACACAUGGGCGUUAUUCAAUACGGCAGUGAUGUCUCAUUAUAUUUCAAGAGGUCAAAUUGCUUCUCAAUUCGUUGUUGCUGCAGUCACGGGAUAUUUUCAUUCUAUAGCAUGUGCAGCUAAUGCCAAAGGAGUUGAUGAUAGUUUACAGGACAUACUGCGUCUUUUGACAUUGUGGUUCAACCAUGGAGCUACGGCUGAUGUCCAAGCAGCAUUGAAGGGAGGAUUCAGUCAUGUCAACAUUAACACAUGGCUUGUUGUGUUGCCUCAAAUAAUUGCUAGGAUACAUUCAAAUAAUCGUGCUGUCAGGGAACUGAUACAGUCUCUUCUCAUCCGCAUAGGAGAAAAUCACCCACAGGCACUUAUGUAUCCCCUUCUCGUUGCAUGUAAAUCAAUAAGCAAUCUGCGGAGAGCUGCAGCUCAAGAGGUGGUUGAUAAAGUUCGUCAACACAGCGGUGCACUUGUGGAUCAGGCGCAACUUGUAUCACACGAACUUAUCAGGGUUGCUAUACUUUGGCAUGAAAUGUGGCAUGAAGCAUUAGAAGAAGCUAGUCGCUUGUAUUUUGGUGAACAUAACAUUGAAGGAAUGCUGAAAGUACUUGAACCAUUACAUGAGAUGCUUGAAGAAGGUGCAAGAAAGGACAAUACGACCAUACAAGAGAGAGCAUUUAUAGAGGCAUACCGUCACGAACUACUAGAGGCAUAUGAAUGUUGUAUCAAUUACAAGAGAACUGGAAAAGAUGCAGAACUUACACAGGCUUGGGAUCUUUACUAUCACGUUUUCAAACGGAUCGACAAACAACUGGCCAGUCUCACGACAUUGGAUUUGGAAUCUGUUUCUCCUGAAUUGCUGCUGUGCCGUGACUUGGAGCUAGCUGUUCCUGGAACAUAUCGUGCAGAUGCCCCCGUUGUAACGAUAACAUCGUUUUCACGCCAACUUGUUGUCAUAACCUCCAAACAACGACCAAGGAAACUGACUAUUCACGGAAAUGACGGUGAGGACUACGCCUUCUUGUUAAAGGGACAUGAAGAUUUAAGGCAAGACGAGCGUGUUAUGCAGCUUUUUGGUUUGGUGAACACUUUGCUUGAGAAUUCCAGAAAAACAGCAGAAAAAGAUCUGUCCAUUCAACGGUAUUCUGUGAUACCACUAUCUCCCAAUAGUGGACUCAUCGGAUGGGUUCCGAACUGCGAUACCCUUCACCAUCUUAUUCGAGAGUACAGAGAUGCGCGAAAGAUCAUUCUUAAUCAAGAACACAAACAUAUGUUGAGUUUUGCUCCAGACUAUGACAAUCUACCGCUUGUAGCAAAGAUUGAAGUAUUUGAGUAUGCUCUAGAGAACACAGAGGGAAAUGAUCUGUCCAGGGUUCUCUGGUUAAAAAGUCGCUCGUCAGAGGUAUGGCUGGAGAGAAGAACCAACUAUACUAGAAGUUUAGCAGUUAUGAGUAUGGUUGGUUAUAUUCUUGGGUUAGGUGAUCGGCACCCAAGUAACCUUAUGCUUCAUAGAUACAGUGGUAAAAUCUUGCAUAUAGAUUUUGGAGAUUGUUUUGAGGCUUCUAUGAAUAGAGAGAAGUUUCCUGAAAAGGUCCCGUUCCGUCUGACAAGAAUGCUUGUCAAAGCAAUGGAAGUAAGUGGCAUUGAAGGAAACUUCCGCUCGACAUGCGAAAACGUUAUGCAAGUUCUCAGAACCAACAAAGACAGUGUAAUGGCGAUGAUGGAGGCGUUUGUGCACGAUCCUUUAAUCAACUGGCGUCUUUUCAAUUUCAACGAAGUCCCUCAACUAGCCCUGCUCGGUAACAACAAUCCCAACGGUCCUGCUGUUAUUGAACCUGAGGAAGAAGAUGUAGAUCCCGCCGACGUAGACCUUCCUCAGCCUCAAAGGAGUACUCGAGAGAAGGAGAUUCUUCAGGCUGUGAAUAUGCUUGGAGAUGCUAAUGAAGUUUUAAACGAGCGUGCAGUAGUUGUGAUGGCUCGUAUGAGUCACAAGCUUACAGGCCGUGAUUUCUCUCCGUCUGCAAUUCCAAGCAAUCCCAUCGCUGACCACAAUAACUUGCUUGGAGGAGAUUCUCAUGAAGUCGAACAUGGUUUGUCUGUUAAAGUUCAGGUUCAAAAGCUAAUCAAUCAAGCCACGUCCCAUGAAAACCUGUGUCAAAACUAUGUUGGGUGGUGUCCUUUCUGGUGAGAUGUGGGUCAUUUGUACAUUUUUUAAUGUAAAUAGGCUUUGUAAUUUUCAACUAAGUUGCAUUUAUUUGGGAAUUAAUUCGAUAAUAAACUAUGUUCUUCCUCAUGUAAAUAAUUCAUUAGGCCCCUUAGUCAUGUAUUAUAUAACUUUAUAAGAUGUAGCGUUGUUGAAUAAAAAAAUGGGGAUGUCACAUUCUUUACAUUUCUCAUUCUCACUUUUGCAUCUAAAAUAUACAUUUCUCACCUCCUAAGGUAUAUUUUUUUUUUUAUGAAUUUGACGAC